GAAGAAGUCUAUUGAAAGAAAGAGAAUACUAGUCCUAUGAUGUAGCGGACAAUUGAAAGAACAUUACUUGUGGUGGUUAGACGCAAAAUUAUCGGUUGCGUUUUGCUACAUCAUCAAGAUCGAUGCCUUGUUUAAAUUAUUUCUUCUAUCCACGACCUGUGCUCUGUUAGUAGAAGUCGUGCAAGAUGAUGACCACGUCGUGCAACGUCAUGUAAAUAAGUUUUCUGGGGGCACCAGCAGGGUAGUUUGGGGGCGUCAAAGAGAAAAUGCAGCAUGUGUGCUCUCGUGUUGCACAUGGGGCUGCAGGUCGCUGUUGAGAUUGUACCAGCGGCGCAAGGAACCUGACAGGAGCAAUCGCAUCAAACUAACUUCCCGGAAGAGGUUACAUCGCAGGCAUCGCACGACUAUCACAACGAGCUGCUGCCUUCCUGCUGUUGAGGGCUCCGUUCUCAACAUCGUCCUUCACUCGCCGGGUCAGGUUCUUGAUUCUCGCAUACCUGCUACAGAAGCAGCUGAUGAAGCACAGCUAGCAACUGAAGCUGGAUUGCCGAGACUAUUCGACUCUUCAGGGAAGUCGUAGGUCCAAUCCGAAUCGACUAACAUCAUCAUCAUUCGACUCUUCAGAGAACCCCCGAUCUUCGACCUGAAUUAUUGCCUUCAUCCGUAGUCCACUUCUAGUCCAGCAGCAUGGCUCUUCUCGAGAGUGGGAGGAUCCUCUACAACGACACGAUCUCCGUCAAGAUCAAGUCCGCUGAUAAAGAUGAAGCAGUGGCCACGCUCAACGUCAAAAUACGGUUAGACCUGACGCCAUCACAUCAUCAAGUCCUGCUUUGCGACCUUACGGAUACGAACGAUCCGUUUUUUCUGUACAGAUUUAAGAUUGUGAGGUUCGAUUGUUAUAUUUCAUUGGAUUGCUACUUUUGUUUUUGUAAUUGGAUGUGGAUUUUUGCUUGUUUUGGCUAGUAAGUUGUAUGUGUCAAUAUCUCAAGGAACAAAUACAACUGCUCCUACUAUUUAAAGUAGAAGGACAAGAAGGGGGUCUCAUCACUCAGUGUCAUGCACACAAUGCUCCUCCAACAAUGUUGUAUACAGGUAUACUCUCGUUCUCGGUGAGAGCGAUUUUCACGCUCUGAAGAAUGAGCAGAGAUUACUUGUGGAUUUCCAGCAGUUCCCAUCACAGCUAGUGAAAUUGCUAGAGGAGACCAAGCGACAAGUUUCUCCUAUACCCGCGACACCUGCACAUGGGGUUAACCAGAUUAUGACGGGACGAUGGAUUUGCAUAUUAACUAAGUACCUAUUCUCUUUUGAUGUUGGGUGGUAUUUAUUGAGACUGUGUGAUUAUGGUAUGAUAUUACCAUUGGCAUCUCUCACGCAGUUUAGAAGUUCUGAUGUCGCAGACUCUGUCGAGCACUUCCCCCGCUCUAAUCCUCGCUUCGUCUCCUCACCGGGCACGCUAGGAUGUUCGGUAAACGGCGGUGCAGGCGGCGCCAUUUUCGCCGUGUUGAACAUAGUAACCGCUCACGAGGCCCUGUUCUCGAUAACGGAGUCUAACCAGUUCCGAGAAUUGCAGCAUCUAUCUUUGCACUUCAGGCGUGGGAACGAUGCGGCUGUGAAGGAGUACUUAGCGGCGAAGUUACAGGACACCAUGAACAGCAAAUCAGACUUGCAGACGAGACUUAUGAAGAAAGAGUAAUGACUUGUAGCACUAUGAGAUGAAAAGCUAUUGUGCUGUCAAAUUGAAACGCAGACCAAGAGGAUGCAUUGACACCAGAUAUAGUAGAUGACUUUUGCACUUCCACCGACUUCUACGUCGUUUUCUACCCCCACCCCUUCAUCCUCCUGAGCGCCGUGGAGAACGAAUGUCUGAAAUUGCGAGAAACUGAGAAAUCAGCGAGAGACGACAUGGAUAGGAUGAAGAUGGAACUCUUCACAACGAAGGAAGCAAUGUCCUCAAGUUUUAGUAAGGAAUUAGCCGAUGUCAAGGAGAGCCACGCCCUCACGGUGAGCUCAAUUCAGCAGAAGCUCAAUAGCGAGAAGUCGAGCUUGGAGAAGUCGCUCAGGGACCAAAUAGGGGCGAAGGUGAGGAUUAUGUCCACUAAGGUGUAGAUUCAAAAUUUGUCCUGCAGCAUUCCAAACAUAAUGAUCCCAUCAACAAGCAUUUCGUUUUGAAUCCACCUCAGGCUUCGUCAUGCGAGGCUGCUGAGGCGAAGGCUGCAGACCUAGCAGAAAAGCUGUACAAACUAGAGCUAACAUACAAGCAGACGACAGACCGGUUGGAAAUAGCUGACGGGGGUCGGAAGAAAGAUGGAGUUAUGGUGGAGGAGCUUCGAGAGCAAUGCCGACAGUUAGAGAAAAUAAAGUUCCAACAGGAGAAGGAACUUAACGAACAGAGCGGUACUUUUUGUUCUUUGGUAGUUGAAGACUCAGUCUCAACAGCAUAAUCAAGACCAAAAGUAAGAACUAGCUCUUCGAGUUUCUUUGUUUUCUUAAAAAAAGAUCUAGAUCGAAUCACUUACAUUUUCAAACAAAAAAUAUCGCUGCCUUUCCUAAAAAGCGAGGCAACAGAAGCACCAAAAACCUUCCCAGGUCGCAUAUUGACUUUAGAGGAGAGGGUAGCGGGGAGGGAGCAGAGUUAUGCGAAUCAACUGCAGAUAACUAAGCAAAUCGAAGAAAAACAGAAACACUUCGAAGAAGCGCGUACUCCGCAUAUUUUACUACAGUUUUUAACGUACUACACAUACGAGUAGAACUAGAAGUACAAGUUGUAGCUGAACCUGAACAUUUACGUCGUACCAGCAACUCUCUAGUACCGUUUUUUGCUCCAUUGAUUUUUUGAGAGUUUGGACUUCAAGCACUCUUCUUUCCCUCAGAAUUAUUCAUGACAAUCAUUUCUUCUCGCCCCCCAACUACAGUUAACGAGAACAAAGUCCAUUGUCAAGAGCUGGAGGAGAAGUGUGCUGAGUCUGUUGCGGAAAUCAACAAGGGAAAUCAGAUUAUUCUCAAACUCCAGACCCAAGUAAAAAACCUCAAAAGCAAGCUCCGAGUAAAAGCAGUGGCACUGCAGCAGCAAGAAAAGACUAUAGCCGACCUAGAAAGAGACCUUCAUGCCAUGGCGAAAACGGAAGAGGUGAGGAAAACCGAAAUUGCAGAUAGCAGGGAAAGAGAAGCGAGUACUAGUGUUCAUGGUCGAGAUGACUUUGCAAAAUGAAAAUCUCAAUUUACUUAUAGAUACGAUAAAAUAAUAAGAUCUACUCCUUAAAGUUCUACUAUAUGACGUCUUUCGUCUUCCCGACCCUCUUUUCCAACCAAGUCCAACCCACUACAUCAAACAGGGCUCCAGCAAGAAGUGGACCAAUACCGAGAAAAAUUGAACGAGUCGCAUUCUCUUAUAGCGAGUAAUCAACAAGUGAUCGAAUAUCUCAACAAGCAGCUGACAGAGAGGGAUUUGAAGACCUUCGCGCCGUUGAGUAUUUUGUAAUUUUUUGUGUAGCACGGCUAAACCUAAAAUUGUAGCUUUACUUUCACUUUCUUGUACUACUUUUGUACUUUGACGGUUACCCUACCUAAUAUUUUCUCACGACCCAUUUUCUGCUCAAUUAUGCAGGUACCGUCACGCUACCUAUGACGAGUGGACGUGAGCCUACAGCGCGAACCCUGACGACGCGGGAAGCUAUUGACCACGCAGGAGUGCCGUCAAUAGGGAGCCAGCACACAGGAGGGACUACUACAGCAGCACACACGCAUUUGCCUGCAUAUUAAGGCUGUUUUUAUCAGUUGUCCUAAGAACUUUUCACCUGUUUUCCCGAUGUUUGAUCCAUGACUAUGCUAGUUCGUACUUCUUAGACAUGAAGUCGACUACAUCAACUUCUACAAGCACAAAUUAACUUCUUCUAAGACCCUUCCCCAGCGUCAAGCGCGGGAGCUAGUACGGCAGCGCCAGGCACCAACGCUACAGAGGCUGAAGCAAGGCAAAAGAGGAUAGAGGCGUUGCUUCAGUCACGCGGAGUGCCCCUUGUCGGUCCCGUUCGGUAUAUGCGGCCGACAGAGAACUAACGUUAUUGCCGUUUUUGAAGAUGACGUGGCGGGAAUGACAUUGAACUUGAAGCGCAUGUUUUUCUCAUUCUACUUUUGUAACUGGGAUAUAAUUGUUCACUACUCACAUCUACUUGGUCUAUUUUUCAUUUUAUUCUGCAAGUUGUAGAAAAAAAUUCAUCCGAGAAUACCGAUGAAGGGAUUACUUGCUUGUAUUUUGGGCUUCUUGUCCUUGGUUCUUGGAGAACUCAGUAUAUUACUCAUUCUUGGUUUGUUUUUGGGGUGUAUUGAGUUUAGGGGAGAAAAAUAAUGCGUUGUUAAGCUUAUAAGUAAUUGUUCAAGGGUUCAGUCAUCAACUACGUUUUAUUCCUUUUCUCAAUCAAUGAUUCAUUGUUCAUGACCUACAUCUAGUUCUCAUUGUAUCAGAGUUUGUUGAAGAUAUCAUCAAGAUAUGUCGCUAUCGUUCCUAUACUGCUACACCUAUUCAGUGUGAAGAAGAAUGAAAAGUUCUAUUAUUCAGUUCUUGUUCUUUGAAGAAAGCGUUUAUUCUUACUUUCAGCACAUCAAGUUUUCUUUCUACAUCAAACACAUUUGAAUUCGUACUAAGCUCAUUGUAGUUAUAGCAGAAGUUGUACUAGUAGCCAAGUAAUGAGUUAUACGAGUUGUCAAUAUAUUGGGCGCAAUAGGGUUGAACUACCUCAACAAGAAAUUGCUAUUUGCAGUGAAGGGACUGCAUCAACACACAAUUCAUUGAUGAGAGCUGGCAAAGAUUCGGCUCUCUUCAAAGUUUGAUUGUGAACAAAGCUCUUUUUGCGCGGGAGACUUCCCAAGGGAUGAAGAUAAAGUUGUAUUAGAUCUUUCUCUUUCAUGCAUCGCGAAAGAAGAAUGUCAAAGAACUUACAAGGAACGAGACGCACUUCUCUCUCCAG